AUGAGGCGAACCUCAGAUACAUCAAUAGCUAUAUCAAAUGAUAAUAAAAAAAUUUCGAAUUCUUAAAGCUAAUCAAAGCACAAUCCUAGACUGAAAGAAUACACCACUAAUUUGAUUUAAUUUAAGAAAGAUAAUUUAUCAAUAGUAGAAGAGAAUUAUGAACCAAGUUUAGGAAUUAGCUUUUUAGUAUGCAUUUUUAAUACUAUAUAUUAGGAUCGUAAAGAAAGUGAUAAGAAUAAAAAUAAAACAGAAUUACCUGAUGCUAUUUAUAACAUUGGUUAAGCUACAUCUAGAGUGUUGGCGACUCCCUUAGAUGAAUUAGAAGCAUUUAAAAAUUCAAGUAAGAACUAUGUUAAAAGUGGUUUGAAUUUAAUCCGUCUAGUCUCAAAAUUCAUCCGAUAAUUAAAAAUUCAUUCAUAAACCUAUUAGUAUAAAAUGAUAAACGAAAACAUUUUAUAAUUACUCGGAGAUUAGGCUUCCAACACAUAAUUGUUUAUAUUUUUAAGAAAUAGAUACUUUAAUUAAAAUCAAAGGCAAAAGCUAGAUUCUAAUUGUGUGUAAUUAGAAUUUCUUUUAAAUAAGUUACCUAUUCUCAACCCUGAUAAUAUGAUGUUAACAGGGUUUAAGAUUAUACUGUUUUGCUUACUUAUAGUCAAUAUAACUUACAUUCCCCUUUUAUUAUUUUUAUACGAAUAAGAUUUUCAUAAGUAGGGUAUACAUCAUCUACUUGAUACGCUUCCAGUAGUUUUUUGUAUGCUAGAUUGUAUUUUAAGAUUCAUCACAUCAUUUUAUGAUGAAGGUUUAUAAUGAUAAUAUUCUAGGAAUUUUAUACAGGGAUUUAGGUAGAAUAGCCAAGCAUUACUUAAAAAAUGAUUUCAUAGUAGAUAUUGUAAGUAUUAUUCCUAUAUUUACUGAUAGUCUAGUAAUUCAAUAUUUGACUAUUUUCAGGAUAAUAAAAUUAAAAUUAACAUUAGCAACUCUAGAAGAAAUCCUUUGCUUAAAGUAAUAAAUAUAGGGUUGGUGGGAAUUAAUAAAAUCAGUGUUUUUUAUCGUUUACACUUGUCAUUUUUUUGCUUGUAUUUGGUAUUAAAUUGGAGAAUAAGGAAUUAAAAAUCAGACUAAUAGUUGGUUAAUUGUGAAGGAAUUAAACAACUCCACCUGGCAAGAGUAAUAUUUCUUUUCUCUUUACUUUAUAGUUGUCACAACUCUAACUAUCGGUUAUGGUGAUAUCCUCCCUUGCACUGUAUCAGAGGCUUUAUUUACUAUUUUUAUUGCUUUUACUGGGUGCAGCGUUUUAGGGUACACAAUUAAUAAUAUUGGUGAGAUAUUCAAGAAUCUAAAUGAAAGGGAGGUUAAGUUUAAAUAAUAGAUGAAGAGUAUUCUCCAAUAUCUUAAGGAUUAUAAGAUUAAUACGAAUUUAUCAUUGCAAAUAAGGAAAUACUUUGAAUAUCACCUCAAAUAGCAAAUUGAAAAUAAUAAUGAAGGGUAACAAAUGAUAAAUCAAUUGUCAAGAUAAUUAAGAGAGCAGAUGUAAAUUGAUCUGUACAAAAAGUAUUUGAUGAAAGCAAAGCUUAUUAAAGAUUAUUGUUCUAGUAGUACAAUUGAAAAACUGUGUCAAUAUAUUAAAAUAGAAAGCUAUGCUCCGGAAUCUAAAAUCUUGAAUCAGAAGACAAGUUGUGAGAAACUAUACUAUGUGUUAGAAGGGGAAUUAGACAUCUAUAUCACUUUGGGUAACAGAGAUGUCAGCAUAUGUAAUAGCUUAAAAAAGGAUGACAUUAUUGGACAAUGGGAAUUUGUGUUGCAAAAUCCAUAUCUAUACUCAGUAAAAGCUGUUAAAUAUACUAAACUAUUGGUUAUUCAUAGAAAUGACUUUACCAAGGUAUUGAAAGAAAAUAAAGAAGAUUUUGAGAAAUUCAACUAAAUUAAAGAUAAGCUAUUAUUUUCUAAAAAGUAAAGAGGCAACAAAUGCUUUAUAUGUGGGUGGAUUCAUUAUUUUAAUAAGUGCCCAUUUUUAUUUUUUAUAGCAGACAGGGAAAAAGUAUUGUCAUAAGCUUUGAAUAAUAAGGACCAAAUUCGAGAUCAAAAUUAACGAUUGAGAAAGUUUGAGAAAUCAAGAACCUUUUAGAGAUUGAAUAACCUAAGACAAGCUGCCCUCGAUUUUAUAUAGGAUUCAGAAACAAAGUAAUCCUUAUUAUAUAUAUUUUUAGCGAUUUAACUCUACAACAUCUAGUUGACCUCGGAUUUAAUAGGAAUGACUCUAUUCUCCAUGGCAGUGCAGCUUAUCUUGAUGAAUUAAUUGAAAAGAAAAUCUAAAGCACUUUUAAAGUCAUAGAAAAUGAAGAUGAUUCAAAUCAUUCUUAUUUGCAGGCUCCCAAAGUAGUGGCCACUUACAAAAAUAGGUCCAUAGUAUUUGCACCAACUCCUGACAAUGAUAGUUUCUUAAAUCUAAAAUUCUAAUCACCAGAACAAUUCAAUCGAUAAAACUCUAAUACUCUCCAAAGACCCAGAAAUCAAACAAGGGAGUUAUCUCGCAUUAAAUAAUCAUAACCGAAAAUCUUAUUUAGCACAAACAAAAUAGAGUCAAAAAUGAAUUUCAUGAAAAGAAAUGAUGGAAGUAGUAACUUUUAGAGUCAAAUGAGUAGCAAUUUCAAUAACAUUCUAACUACUAAUAACAAUAUCUAUCUAAAUUAGAAUGAUAAUAUAGAAAGUUAAUAGGGUUCAUCUUAGCAUAAAAGUGAAUAACCUUCCAGUCUACAACCUCUAUAAUAAUAACCUAAUUUAGUUUAAAAUAAUGCCUUAGAAAUUAAUUUUGAUAUCGACAAAACUUAGGUGUUUAGCAAUUAUUUUAAAGAGGGGAAUAUAUAUGAAAUUGUAAAAGAGCUGAUGGAAUUAUAAUUAAAAUAAAUCACGUUGAAGUCUCCAAAGAUGAUGCAAAAAAGCAUUAUGUUAGGAAGCAAUAAAAAUCAUAAAAGAUUUGCACUCUUAUAAAAGAUACUCAAAAAAGAUAGUCUAAUGAUUUGA